ACAAGUGUUGCAAAUUAAAACAAUUACUCACCACAAGCUGACGCAUACCCAGCCAGUCCCUAAGCCGUGGCCCCAAAAACAAUCUUCUUCCAGCUUUUCAUCCUGAUCAUGAUAGCAUAUGAUCUGGGAUAUCCCUUUGGUCAGCUGGGGUCAGCUGUCCUGGCUGUGUCCCCUAUCAACUCCUUGUGCAUCCACAGCCCACUCCCAGCUGGGCUGAGAUGAGCAGAAAAGGCCUUGACCCUGUGUAAGCACUACUCAGCAACAGCUGAAAUAUUCCUGAAUUAUCAGCACUGUUUUCAGCAUUAAUUCAAAACAGCCCCAUACCAGCUACUGUGGAGAAAAUCAACUCUGCCCCAGCCAAAUCCAGCAACAGAAACAGAUUAAUGUUAUCUCCAUCUUUGCUAAGAGCUAAGAUUUCUUUGAGUUCCUUAGUACCUGUCUCACCCUUUAAUUUAGUUAAGGUUGCGUAUCGUAUCAUACUCAUGGCUCACAACACACACAAACAGAUAAUGGUGUUUGCAAAGGUGUAUUUCUAGUUGAAUGUCUCCUUAUAAAGGGAUAUACCCUUGGAGAAGCAGAAAGUGGUGCUUAUGGAAGUGUUUAGUCUAUCAAUAGAGAGACCUUGCACCCAGGCUACAUGAAGGAUGUUUUACUGACCUUAAUGAAGACAGAUACUUUCUUUAUGUUCAAUGGUCACUUGUGCCUUAUUCUUUUCCUCCCUAUUCUUUCCCUUUCACCAACAUUUUAAUGAAAUCAGCAGGAAAUGUCCUCUACUUACUUAAAAGCUUAAGUACUCAGCUUACUUACAAGCUCCUAGUCAACAUAUCCCAGCCACUUGAGCUAAUGUGGAAUUUGCUGCUGCAGCUGGAUUCUGCUAAGUCCAUAGGGCCUGGUGGGAUUCAUCCCAGGGUACUCAAAGGGAUGAUGGCAUUAUGAGACUUCACUCAAUGAUUUUUCAAUGGUCUUGGGAAUCUGGAAAGGUUUCAGUUGUCUGGAAGCUGGAAAAUGUUGGCCAAAUUUUCAAGAAGAGAUAGAUGAUGACUCUAUUAAGUACAGAUCUGUCAGUCUCUCAUCAGUGUCUGGUAAAAUUAUGGAGAUUAUUAUUAUUCUGGGAAGUAAUUAAAAACUCCUGAAGGACAAUACAGACAUCAUCAGUCACAGCCAACAUGCCUUCAUGAGGGAAAUAUCCUGCUUGUCGAAGUUAAUUUCCUUCUAUGACAAGGUAACCCACCUAGUUGAUCAAAGGAAGCCAGUUGAUAUAAUUUUUUGGAUUUCAGAAAAGUUUCUUAUAUUGUCUUUCACAGAAUCCUUUGGACAAAAUGUCAGUCACACAGCUGGAUAAACACAUCAUGUGAUGAGCGAGGAACUGGCUCAGGGGUCAGGCACAGGGUUAUAGUGAUCUGGUGACUUGUCUCUAGUGGGGUUCUGCAGGCUCUAUCUUCAGCCCUGUGCUCUUCAACAUCUUCAUAAAUGAUUGGGACACAUGUCUAUAAGGUAUACUAAGUAAAUUUGUUGAUUACGUUAAAUUGGGAGGAGCUGUUGACUCCAUCAGAGAUGCCCUGCAGAGAGAAAUUGAUUCUCUAAUUGAGAAAUGAGAGGGCUCAGCAACCACCAUUUGUAUGAAGUUUAACGUGGGCAAGUCCCAGAUUCAGCACCUGGGAUAACCUUGGAUGUAAGGACAGACUGAGGAACAAGAGGCUAGAAAGGGCUCUAGAGGUCCUGGCUGGCAGCAAGGUGAUGAUGGUAGUGUGUCCAGGGAGCCAGGAACAGGCACUGGAACAAGCUCCCCAGGAAAGUGGUCACACCCCAAGCCUGUAAGAGUUCAAGAAAUAAUUGGACAAUUCCUUCAGCACGUGGUGUGAUUUUUGAUGUUUGGCUUAUGCAGGGCUAGGAAUUGGACUACAUUCUUGUGGGUCCCUAACAACUUAGGAUAUUCUGUGAUGCUCCCCUGUGACCAAGGUGCUGAGGCAGUGCCUAUCCAGGAGGAUGUCUGCUACCUUCUGCUGGGCAUUUGCACUUAACUCCCUCAGGGCAUGUUAUGAUUCCUUGAGACUUAUCAUUAACAUGUUUUUUUCGCUUAACACUGUGAUAACACAGUUUUAGUCUGAAGCCUGCCAGUAGAUUGAGAAAAGAUAAUUUCCAUGCAACAUUCUGGAAGCUGCCUAGCUGCCUUCAUGAUUGCCUUUUAGAUAUCCUGUCUGUGUCUGAUGCCUCAGAAGAUUUAAAAGGUAGGAAGAAUUUCUGAGGAAACCAGCUUGAGAAGAUUUUUUCUUUUUUCCUUUUUUUUUUUUUAAGUUUUCUUUUAUUAUUGUAAUUGCUAAUAUAGUUACCACCUUUGAGUCCUGCAGUCCUGGCAGACUCUCAAACCAUCAGGUCAGACUUCAGUUCUAGCCUGCAAGUGAUGUUGUACUGCUCUCACAUUUCUGAUCUAGCCAGUGCGGCAACAUUAACACAGACAAGUGUCAUGUGACUGGCAGAGUGAAGGGUAAAGAUGUAGGUUGUAUAAAAUCAGGUUUUUUAAAUGCAAAAGUGCAGUUACUUAAUGUGGAAAAGCACUUGUGCUCCCAGCCUGACACUGUCCCUUUAAUAUAAUGGCUUGGUCUCUCGCUCAGCCCUGGCCAAGUGCCCAACUAUCUUAGUUUAAACUUUAGCCAACUAAACAGCAGCAAUAAAAGAUAAAAUAUCUAUAUGCAAGGUAGAGCCAUUUACAAGUGUAUAGGCUACUUAUUUGUAGAUUGUUUUAUUUUGGUAAAAAAUCCAUAUUUUCCAGCAUGACCUACAGGACAUAUUUUCUACACUGAAAUCUUUCUAAAUCCACAGUUUGCUUUCUGGAUAUCUUCAAAGGAAGGAAAGGUCUAUUUGGGAUGAAAGUUAUUAUGAGGAAAAAAUGUUUUUUCUUUUGCUUUAUACUUCUGGCUGUGAUAACAAACCAGAUAGUACAUGGGCAAAACAGAAAAAAAGGAAAGAAUAUUUACUCUCCUAUGCCAAAAGAUGAAGGUGAUAUGUGUCUUGUUGAUAUAGUCUUUAUCGUGGACAGUUCAGAAAGUGCCAAAAAUCAGUUGUUUGAUUUACAGAAGGAUUUUGUUCAAAACAUAACUGACAGCAUUUUCCAGAUGAAGCCAGUUAAGUCUCACAUGUAUAAUGUCAAACUAGCAAGUAUGCAGUUCAGCAGCACAGUUAGUAUUGAUCAACCCUUUACAGCCUGGAAAAAUGUCCAGAAUUUUAAGGAGAAAAUCAGCUCUCUGGGCUUUAUUGGCCAUGGCACUUAUUCCUAUUAUGCAGUUUCAAAUGCCACUCAGCUGUUUAAAACUGAAAGUCGUAAGACAAGUGUGAAAGUGGCUUUUUUGAUGACUGAUGGUGUGGAUCAUCCAAACAGCCCUAAUGUCCAAGGGAUAGCUGCAACAGCUAGAAGUAUUGGAAUAUAUUUUAUUACCAUUGGCCUUUCUAAGACAACAGUCCAAGAAGAAAAAUUGCGCUCAAUAGCUGGUGAUUCGUCCUCUAAACAUGUUCUAUGCCUGGAUGAUCAGAACCUGGUAGUUGAUGUAACAUUGCAACUGGAAUCCUUGCUCCAGAAGCAGUGUGUGCGGAAGAUCUGCGAGUGUGAAAAGGGACUAAAAGGAGACAAAGGUGAUUCAGGCAGUGCUGGCAGCAAAGGGGAGAAAGGUGACCCAGGACCAAAAGGAAACAAGGGUGAUGCUCAAAAAGGAGAUCAUGGAGAGAAAGGUGAAGAGGGAGCUCCUGGCUACAAGGGAGAAAAGGGUGAAAGAGGAGAAUGUGGACCUCCAGGAACAAAAGGCGAAAUAGGUUUGCAGGGCUCUGUGGGCCCUACAGGACCUCGGGGACCUCAGGGUAUCAGGGGAGAUCCAGGUCAGCAAGGCCCAAAAGGCAUUCAAGGAAACAAGGGAGAACAAGGCCCUCCAGGUCCCUAUGGUCCUGCAGGACCCCCUGGCAUUGGAGAGCCAGGACCCAAGGGUGCUGAAGGUCGAGAAGGUAAAAUUGGAUUACCAGGACCGCCUGGAAUUGGUGAGCCAGGAUUACCUGGACCACCUGGCCCUGCUGGGUCACCAGGUGAGAGAGGUCCACAAGGAGAGGGCAUUCAAGGCCAAAAGGGUGAAAAAGGCUCCGAAGGUGUACGCGGUCCUCCUGGACCAAAAGGUGAACAAGUCAAAGGUGACAAGGGUGAACAAGGCCAAGUAGGACCACAGGGCCCACCAGGACCACCAGGAAUAGGCAAUCCAGGAAGCCGGGGUAUACAGGGUCCACAAGGAAUCCCUGGGGCAAAAGGCUCUCAAGGUUCUGGUCGGCCAGGACCAAAGGGUGAACCAGGUGAACCUGGACAAAAAGGAGAAGCAGGACUUCCAGGAAUUAACUCAUCAGGACUUAAAGGAGAUACAGGUCUACCAGGACUCCCAGGAGAGAAGGGGGUGAAAGGAGAGAAGGGGUUGACAGGGACAAAGGGGGAAAAGGGAGAUCAAGGUCCAAGAGGCCCAGAAGGACCCCCUGGCAAAGGAGAUGUAGGUCAAAAGGGUGACCCUGGAGAAAAAGGAUCCAAAGGAAUGAUUGGUCUUAUGGGACCAAAAGGCCCAGCUGGACCAAAAGGUGAUCCUGGAAAGAGAGGACUCCCUGGUGUAGCUGGAUCAUCUGUUUUGGGACCUCCUGGACCAAAGGGGGAUCCAGGAGAAAAGGGACCACCAGGAGAUGAUGGACUUCCUGGAAAUUCAAUAAUGGGACCAACGGGAGACCGAGGAGUACCUGGACCACCUGGACCCCAUGGAGAAAGAGGUGACAAAGGUGACAAAGGUGAAGCUGGACCUCCAGGACCAGCAGGCCCUGAAGGACCAGCAGGACCAAAAGGCGUGGGAGAUGCUGGACCAAAGGGAGACCAAGGAAUUAGAGGUUAUCCUGGGCCACCAGGGCCUCCAGGAAGGGGAAGCAUGGGUCCCAAGGGUAUUAUGGGACGUAAAGGCUUGCCUGGUCCACCUGGCCCCCCUGGUAUCAGCAUACAAGGAGACAAGGGAGAAAAAGGAAAUAAAGGUUUUCCUGGACCAAAAGGAUCAGUAGGAACUGGCCUUCCUGGACGAAAGGGAGACUAUGGUGAUAAAGGUGAUCCAGGGAGCAAAGGCGCCAAAGGAGAGAUUGGAGACCCAGGACCUCCAGGGCCAAGGGGAAUUGGGGGAAUAAAAGGUGAACCUGGUCUUUCGAGAGAAGAUGUUAUCAGACUUAUCAAUGAAAUAUGUGGUUGUGGUAUCAAAUGUAGAGUGACACCACUGGAACUAGUAUUCGUCAUUGACAGCUCAGAAAGCGUUGGACCAGAUAACUUCAAUAUUAUCAAAACCUUUAUGAAAACUUUCAUUGACAAAGUUUCGGCCAGCCAUGCUACAACCCGCAUUGGCAUUAUCAACUUCAGCCACAGGGUGGACCUGGUGUUUUCUCUAAAGCAGUACACAAGCAAAGAGUACCUGAAAUCAGCUGUUGACAAGAUGCCCUACUUAGGAGAGGGCACAUACACAGCUUCUGCUAUCCAAGAGGCCAUUCACCUAUUCCAGGCCGCGCGCCCGGCAGUAAGGAAGGUGGCUGUUGUAAUAACAGAUGGACAGGCUGACAGUCGUGAUAAAGUACAACUGGAGACUGUAGUAAGAGAGGCUCAUGCUGCAAAUAUUGAGAUAUUUGUCAUUGCGAUUGUACAAAGGACUGAUCCUCACUAUGAUGAUUUCCUAAAAGAAAUGCAGCUCAUUGCAACAGACCCUGAUGAAGAACACGUUUAUCAGAUAGAUGACUUCAUAACACUUUCAGCUCUUGAAAAUAAACUGAUCACAAAAAUCUGUGAGAACGAGUCUGCAGUGUACACCAGAAAAUACAAUAUUUUAUCUCCAUCUCCCAGUCUGGAAUCUGAAAUUUCCAGGAAGGAUGCUAAUAGCCAGUUACCUAAAAUGAACACUUCAGAGAUUGACAUGCUUCCUACAGAAGGAGUUAGUUACCCACAUAGUCCACCACAAUCUGGAUACACUGAGCCUCUGCCAUCUUCUCAGGACCACACUGUGACCCCCUCUGCUCACAGAGAAUCUCUACUUCCCUCAGUUGAUAACAUAUCUGAAAUCAGACCCCUAAGUCCAGCUGUCAAUCCUGUCUUCAGUGGAAAUUCUACUGAAGAUCUCCAGCCAGCUCUGUGGCAAGCACAAGUAGCAACAACCCAAAAAAAUCCAAGGUGCUUGGAACCCAUGAAACCAGGGGAUUGCUGGGACUAUGUGGUGAAAUGGUAUUAUGACAAGAAUGGCAAUUCGUGUGGCCAGUUCUGGUAUGGAGGUUGUAAUGGUACCAACAACAGAUUUGAAACAGAAAAAGAAUGUCAAGAAACCUGUGUUGAUUGAUGAAUAAAAAUGACUUCUGUUGGGAACUUUUGAAGCUGGAAGUUCAUGUGUACUGAGGAAGAACUGACUGAGAAGAAUCCAAAAUGAUGCGUUAGCUUGAAAUUAUUACUGCUGUGCUUUAUUGCUUUCCCCACUACUGUCUGCACAUUAACCAGAUUCCUGUACAAUGUAUGUUAACUGCAACACCAUUGCAAUAACUUUAAGUCACACAUACACACAAACACAGGGAGAUGCCUUUUCCCUGCAAAUUUACAGUAAACUGAUACUAUUUCACAUGGGAAUAAUGAGGUUCUAUUUUUAGGAUUAAAAUGUCAGAAGUGCUUACACUUAGUUUUUAAUUACAAAGGUCUCUUAGUCUCAUGGAAGAAUAAAAUAUGCUCUAGUUUUAAACAAAAGUAAGUGGUUCCUGAAAUUAGCACUCUUAAUACAACUUUUAGAGACCUAAAUAAAGAUUUCCAUUGAUUAGAGUUCUUCUUUGGAAUGUAAGUAACACAGGUAUAGGUAAUUAGAGAGGGGUUUUGUCCAUUAUUAAAGCAAACUUGGAUUAACAUCAACAUAAUAGUUUCAAUUAUAAAGGUUGGACCUUCAUUUAGAAUUACUUUAAAAACAGGGUUCUUCAUGUCCUUUAGGGUGGUCAGUACAUUUCAAUUUCUCAGGGCCUCUGGGUUAAAAAGAAAAAAAAAAAUUUCACUCUAAUACUUUAAUAUAUGCUACUAAACUAAAAAAGGGAAAAGCACUGAAAGAUAUUAAUGUUUACUUAUAUCCUUUCUACUUAUAGCCAUAACCCUAUAUGAGCACAUUGUUAAAACUGAAAAUGAUUAAAAUUGGAAGUAAUACCUGA